ACACAACUGCAUCUCAGCUUUGAAUCAUCGAACUUCCAAGGCCUGAACCAAGAACCGUGCGACGCGAUGGAAGGGAGCAACCUCAAGUCGGCUGCGCUCCUGGAGCAGCUGCGCGUCCACCUCGCCUCCGGCGCCGGCGAGGAGCUCGUCGAAAAGAUCGGCUUCGUCUACCAGCUCAACAUCUCCCCCAAGAGGAUCGGUGUCGACGAGGAGGUCUUCGUCGUCGAUCUCCGGAAGGGCGUCGUCUCCAAAGGGGCGUAUGAGGGGAAGCCGGACGCGACCUUCUUCUUCACGGACGACGACUUCCUGGCCAUCUCCAGCGGCAAGCUGAACCCUCAGAUGGCGUUCAUAAUGGGUAAACUGAAGAUCAAGGGGAGCAUAAGCGCGGCGCAGAAGUUCACGCCGGACAUCUUCCCCAAGCCGUCCAAACUGUAGAGUUCGGUGGAAUUUGACAAAAACACACAUGCAAACAUCUCUGAAUUAUUAACAAAUGUGAGCGUGUGUUUUGAUGCAAGUACGCAAUUGGCAAUAGUUCAGGGAUGUUCACAUGUCAAUUGUCUUACCAUAAAAUAGCUUAUUUUGAUUAUGGAAAUUCUACUACUGAGA